CUGCUCCUGGGGACCGGCCUCCUGCCGGUGAGCAGCCACGCGGAGACCCGGGCCCAUGCUGAGGAACGGCUCCUGAAGACCCUCUUCUCCGGCUACAACAAAUGGUCCCGGCCAGUGGCCAACAUCUCAGACGUGGUUCUCGUCCGCUUUGGCCUGUCCAUUGCCCAGCUCAUUGAUGUGGACGAGAAGAACCAGAUGAUGACGACGAAUGUGUGGGUGAAGCAGGAGUGGCAUGACUACAAGCUGCGCUGGGACCCCAGUGACUAUGAGAAUGUCACCUCUAUCCGCAUUCCCUCUGAGUUCAUCUGGCGGCCCGACAUCGUCCUGUAUAACAAUGCGGAUGGGGACUUCGCCGUCACCCACCUCACCAAGGCCCACCUGUUCCACGACGGGCGGGUGCAGUGGGCGCCCCCGGCCAUCUACAAGAGCUCCUGCAGUAUCGAUGUCACCUUCUUCCCCUUCGACCAGCAGAACUGCACCAUGAAGUUCGGCUCCUGGACCUACGACAAGGCCAAGAUCGACCUGGUGAGCAUGCACAGCCGUGUGGAUCAGCUGGACUUCUGGGAGAGUGGCGAGUGGGUCAUCGUGGACGCCGUGGGCACCUACAACACGCGGAAGUACGAGUGCUGCGCCGAGAUCUACCCCGACAUCACCUACGCCUUCGUCAUCCGGCGCCUGCCGCUCUUCUACACCAUCAACCUCAUCGUCCCGUGCCUGCUCAUCUCCUGCCUCACCGUGCUGGUCUUCUACCUGCCCUCCGACUGCGGCGAGAAGAUCACGCUGUGCAUCUCGGUGCUGCUGUCGCUCACCGUCUUCCUGCUGCUCAUCACCGAGAUCAUCCCGUCCACCUCGCUGGUCAUCCCGCUCAUCGGCGAGUACCUGCUCUUCACCAUGAUCUUCGUCACGCUGUCCAUCGUCAUCACGGUCUUCGUGCUGAACGUGCACCACCGCUCGCCGCACACACACACCAUGCCCGCCUGGGUGCGCAGGGUUUUCCUGGACAUCGUGCCACGCCUGCUCCUCAUGAAGCGGCCAUCUGUGGUCAAGGACAACUGCCGGCGGCUCAUCGAGUCCAUGCACAAGAUGGCCAGCACCCCACGCUUCUGGCCCGAGCCCGAGGGGGAGCCCAGUGUCCUGAGUGGCGCCCACAGUCGGGGCCCCUCUCCCACCCCAUCCUUCUGCGUCCCCGCAGAGGCACCUGUGGAGCCCCAGCCUUCCUGCAAGUCGCCCUCUGGCCAGGCGCCCACCCUGCAGCCCACCGGGUCUGAGAAGGCCAGCCCCUGCCCCUCACCCAAUGGCCCUGGGGCCCCGGGGCUCCCCAAAAUGAGGUCCCUGAGUGUCCAGCACAUGUCCAGUCCCCACAAAACAACGAAGGGCAGUGUCCGGUGCCGAUCUCGAAGUGUCCAGUACUGCAGCCCCCAGGACGGUGCUGCAUUCCUGGCUGAUGGCCAGGUGGCUGGCUCCCCAGCCUCGCUGAAGGCCCACUCUGCUGAGCUGCCCCCAGACCAGCCCUCUUCCUGCAAGUGCACAUGCAAGAAGGAGCCACCCCUGGUGUCCCCAGUCACUGUGCUCAAGGCCCACAGCACCAAAGUUCCACCCCGGCACCUGCCCCUGUCACCAGCCCUGACCCGGGCAGUGGAGGGCGUCCAGUACAUCGCCGAUCACUUGAAGGCAGAAGACUCAGAUUUCUCGGUAAAGGAGGACUGGAAGUACGUGGCCAUGGUCAUCGACCGCAUCUUCCUCUGGAUGUUCAUCAUUGUCUGCCUGCUGGGCACUGUGGGCCUGUUUCUGCCACCCUGGCUGGCUGGCAUGAUCUAAGGAUGGAGCUGGUGGCCUGGACACCUGCAGGAUGCAGCGGGGCUGCUUGUCCCUGCCCCCCAGCUCUGUGGGGCCAUGCCACUUGCCAUUUGUCCCGUCUUCAUGCCUGCUGUGAGACAGCCUUGGGAAAGGACACUGCCUCUGAGGGAGCUGGAGUUCCGGUGCUGCUUCUGCUCGUGCAGUGGCCAGGGAGGGGCAGCCGGCUGGAGGGGCUAGCACACUCACUUCGGCCACAACGCAGGGUCGUGGCAAAGCCCCAUUAAAGUUUCGCUGGAGCAGAUGAGUGUUGCUGUCUUCCUGUGGACAGCAUAUAUUGCCUGAACCUCGCAGAUGCCCCAGUGGCUGUCCUGUCACAGGGCAUGAGGCUUUAUCCCCUUUCUGCCCUUGUUUCCAUGGGGUCCAGCAGCUCAAGCACCCCAUCCAACCUCCCAGUGAGAGCAACCCCCACCCCCCAGUCUCACCACUUUGCUCCUUGGGCUGAAGGAGCCUAGAGUAGGUGCUGUGUGGACAGCCCUGCUCAGAGGGGCACAGAUGCAGGCAGGGCAGGCGUCCAGGGCCCUGGGGGUCUGUGGUGAGCGUUUCCCAGAGGCCCAGUGACUCCAGGCCCCUGAGGACACUGGUGUUUUGGGGUUUUCCCUGCCAGGAAGGCCCCAAACAGGGUCCGGGCCCUCUGGGCUCUUCUCUGACACCUUCACUGUUCAGAGCCCAGGAGUCCCUUGGGGUUUGGCCAGCUGCAGGCAGGAUUUCCUGUGGCUGUUGCUGUGGUUAGGCCAUGGGCAGAGGGGCAGAAGGAGCUGCUUUAUGGGUUGGGGACCCCUGGGGCUUCCAGACAGGCUGGGGCCCUCUGACUUGUCCUCCAGGGGCCUCAGACCAAGGAGGGGCCUUACCCCACCACCUGGCUUGUCCAGAGGUGUGAGGGCUGAGGUGGUGCCCCCACAAGGCAGCCCCAGGUGGCCCCUAGAGCCUGGUGGGCACUGAGUCAGCACCUGUUGCUCCUGCCUCUCAGACCCUGGCCUGGAGGCCAGGGUGGGAGGAGCCUUCCUGUGCAGUGGCCCAGCCCCUUCCCCACACUGACCGGAAUAGCCAAGGAGACCUUGCUUCCUUGGCUAUCUCCUCCCUGCACCUGGAGCUGAAGUCUUGCCUGGAGCUGGUGGUAUCUGGGAGAACUGGAGAGAAACUGCAUGAGUCUGGGGCUGAUGCACAUCACGCACUGGUCAAUGCAGCAGCCACCACCAGAGGUUGCUGGUCCCACCUGGCCAGCAAUGCCAGGAUGGGGGCCACCAAGGGCUAACGUCACCCGUACUCUCCCAUCUCCGAGCGCUGGGUUGCUGGCCACCCACAGGGUCCCUGUGGAGAGCAGGUCCUGAGUGUGAGGCCCAGGAGGUUCUCAUGCCCGCAGUGGGAGGCAGAGGCCUAAGUGCCAGGUCCUGGGGGUCCCCAGGCACUGAGGGCCCCUCCUGCUGAGCAGGGUCCGCACUGGUGCCAGCCCUCAGCAGAGUCCCCAGGAUAUCGCCAGAGACCCCGGCUAGGUAAGUUCACGCAGCUGGGGGCUGGGGCAGCCCCUGUGAGGAUGGAGGAUCCAGCUGCCAGAUGUGUGGGCAGCUGUGGAUCCCUGGACAGGGCCGCUGUGGAUGUUUUUUCUGGGUCAGGAGAAGUGAGUAGCCAGGAUACUCCUGCCGGGCAUUGCUCCUGCUGCCCAGACUCCGGAGAGGAAGUAAAGCAGCUGCAUCCCCACACCCAGCUUCCCACAUUUGCCUCCAGUGCUGACGUGUAAAACUGUGUGAUGCAAUGCCUUUGGGCCAGAGAGUUUAAGAAAGAGGACAGCCCUGACCCCGGCCUUCCAGGGCACGGGCGCCACUCCUCAGUACUCUUACACUCUCCUCAGCUCGACCCCUGAACCUGCACCACGGACACAGGAUGAUGGCUCUGUGGAACCUGUGGGUGUGACUUUUCUCGGUCUGGGGACGUCGAUGUCCUUCUGUGUCGUGUGCUUCUGUAGUUCAUUGCUGUGUUGUACUUUGGUUUUCAGUUGCUGCGCAGUGUUGUGUCUGAAUAAACUGGUCAGCGUGUGUUU